UCAGUCAGAUAAUUGUUGUGUCCAGGUCAGCAUUCGUCCACUCCAGCCGACGCUUUCAUUCUCGAACGCGCGCCCGCGUAAACCAUACACAUUUAUAUUUUUUAAUUUUUUAUCUGUGCCGGCCGAAGGGUUAUCGCGCGUUCGAUUUUUUUUAAAUUAAAAAAAAAUGGUCGAUAAUCAGUGCGACGCGGGAACGGUGAAAGCGUACAUCAUGAGUGAUUUGUUGAAAAAAUUCGAUUUGGACGCCACCAACGAUGUGAUGAAAUUGACAAUUGCUGUAUUUGGAUUCUACGUGGGGAUGUUUUAUAUGGAGUACGUGGACACAGAAUACAGUCUCUGGCUUACGUGGUUCCUGACUCCUGUGAUCGUUACCUUCCUCCUGCCGGCCGUCAUCAUCGUACUCAUAUACCUGAGCAGUAUUAUCUUCCAUCUUUAUAGGCUUUAUAGGUUACGUGUAGUGGCUGGUGUGCAAAACGACUGGCGGCACGCGGCGCGACUCGCGGUAUGCGCACUGUGGGACGCACACGGGUGGUUGUGGCAUGGCUACGAAAUCAGAGGGCUAGAGAACAUUCCAGAAGGUCCGUUCCUCGUGAUCUACUACCAUGGGGCGCUACCUAUAGAUAUGUACUACUUUACCGCGCGGAUGCUGUUGUUCAAGCGACGGCAUAUACAUACUGUGGCUGAUCGGUUCAUGUUCAAAAUACCAGGCUGGUCACAACUACUAGAAGGUCUGUGUGUAAUCCCUGGCACAGUACAGACCUGUGCAGGAGUGCUCAGAAGUGGAAACCCUCUAGCUAUUUCACCCGGUGGUGUUUAUGAAGCGCAGUUUGGGGACCACUACUAUAGACUGUAUUGGAAGUCGAGGAUUGGCUUCGCGAAAGUCGCUCUUGAAGCUAAAGUGCCAAUAGUGCCCAUGUUCACGCAGAACGUGCGAGAGGCGUUCCGCACAGUGGGCUGGUUGCGUGGCAUAUGUCUGCGUAUCUACGCCGCUACAAGAGUCCCGUUAGCGCCGGUGUAUGGCGGCUUUCCGGUGAAAUUGGUCACGCAUUUGGGCAAACCGGUGAUGCCCGAGCCCGGGAUGACCCCGGAACAGCUGCAGAAGAAGGUGGCGACAUCUAUAGAAAACUUAGUAGAAGAACACCAAAGAGUGCCCGGUAGCAUUCUACUAGCUCUGAUAGAGCGUGUGUAUGAAUUACCCAAAAAGCAAAAGAAACACACGCACACGAACGGCACGUGUGCGAACGGCGUGAAGAAAGAGACGGCUAAUGGGGUCAGUGAUGAGUGCGAGCGAGACAGAGCGAAGGUGUCGUAGUGUGCGUUAGUGUUGGACCGCUAUUGGUUAUGAGGUUUCUAUGCAGAUAACUGUAAAACAACAACUUGGUUAGAUUUGUGUGUAAAACUAGCUUUGCCCGCGGCUUCGUGUGGUUAAAGAAAAUUAACACCGUCAUAAAUAUCCCAAUUUUAAGGAUUCGUACUAAUGUAUUUCUGUUGCUACUAUAACAAAUAAUAAAAAAUCGAGGUUAAGCAACGGUUGGAACUGUCAUAAAUUGGAUGGGUGAACAAUUUUUUUUGCAGUGCUUA